AUGAAGCGGAAAAUGGGGCUAGGGAAAGAGGAUUAUGCCGUCCUCCGUGAUCCGCAGAGAAAGGAGGGAGAAAAUGGGGUAGUAGCUGAGCGAUCCCGAUAUCGAACUGCCUAUGCUUGCGAAGGAGGUGUUCUAAAUCUCCGUUGUGGCGACGAUCACGUGAUUCAUCUCAUCAGGGCCAAUUAUGGUCGAUUUUCGAUCGCCAUUUGCAAUGAACACGGACGAACAGACAUGAGUGUGAACUGCAUGUCACCCAUGUCGCUUCGAGUACUCCACACCAAGUGUAGCGAUCACGAAGAAUGUUCGGUGUCGGCCAAUUCUACGUUGUUUGGGGAUCCAUGCCCGGGGACGCUCAAAUAUUUGGAAGCCCAUUACCAGUGUUUGCCAGCGGCAGAGGCGACAACGGCCAAGAGUAAACCACCACCACCCCCUCCGUGGCUUCGUAACCCAACGCAGCCACCAAAGACGAUGGGACCAACGGUCUCCGAAAAAACGACUUCGACCGUCAUGACGACCGUACUUCCUCCCGAAACCAAAAGGGAACUCCUUCUCAGCCUGGACCAACCCAUACCCACUUUGCCUGGUUUGGACAAGAUCGAAGAGUCCUCAACAACUCGUCACAUCAGUCAGUCGACCACGUGGUCGAGCUCUACAACCAGCCCUUCGACGACGACGGUGGCGGCAUCCACCACUCGGAGAACGGAAGCAACGACGAAGAAGCCAUCACCAGCCGUCGUGGAAGAGGAAAGAGAGGAAGGCGCCGUGCGCCCUUCGAAGGGAGACAAGCGUGAAAAUAAUAACAGUGGCGGAUGGAAGCAGGUGGGGCCUCGGGAUGCGUGCCCGCCGAAAGCUGCCCGGGGGUUAUAUUGGAACUGGACUGACCCCGGAGAGACGGCAAUACAACUCUGCCCCGGCGGUGCGAACGGGUACGCGAGAUGGGAAUGCCUGGGCCCUGCCUGGGAUUCACCUCAUGCGGACCUCAGCGACUGCAGCUCCAUCUGGCUCACCAAUCUCCAAUCGCGGGUAUCGGAAGGGGAAUCACCAGUGAUUGUGAGCACGGAUUUGGCCCAAGUGGCCUCGUCGAAGUCCUUGUAUGGUGGGGAUCUCUGGACCUCCGCUCACCUCUUUCAAAUUCUCGCCGUUGCGGCGUCCGAAGCUGAUGUUCAAAUGGCGUCGGAGAUUCUUUCGAACGUGAUCAGGGCCGGUUCGGAGAUCUUGGGAGUGCGACAAAGGGCGUCUUGGUGGGAUCUUCCUCCCCUGCAAAGGAGACAAGCCGGGACUAGGCUACUCAUGGCCUUCGAAAGCAACACCUUUGCUCUCUCAAACGCCCUCGAGGAAGAACAGAGCGUCAUGCUCAUUCAAGAGAAUCUCGCCCUGUCCUUGCAUGCAUUGGGAAGCCCUCAGGUGCACCCUGUGGAAUUCCCCAGUGAACGCAUGAAGGAAUUGCUGGGAAGAAAAGUUGAGGUUCACGUGUACCUCCCUCCCCAGGCCCUCCAGGGUCACACGUCCACGCAUUCAGGCUUGAAAGCACCCACUUUAGGCUUCCUCAUGUACGAGACUCUGAACGACAUCCUGCCGCCACAUAAGGGGGAUACUCCUCAAGGGAACGAGUCGAAACUCCUUAACAGCCGAGUUGUGUCUGUGUCGCUCGACGAAGGUCGGCACGUUCAGCUCCCGCAUCCAGUUAUUCUGACCUUUCAGCACCUCAAGAAGGACAAUGUCUCCAACCCCGUCUGUGUGUUCUGGGAUUACACGACCAGCGGCUGGUCAGAGGAGGGGUGCCGGGUGAUGAGCUGGAAUGCGAGUCACACCAGAUGCGAAUGCGAUCACCUGACUCAUUUUGCCGUCCUGAUGGACCUACACGAGACGGAGCUGGCUCCAGGGCAUGAAAUGGCACUUCAAGUUAUCACUUACAUCGGAUGUAGCAUAUCUGUCGUCUGUCUCCUAGCGUCGAUCCUCACCUUUCGACUCUUCCGAUCCCUCAAAUCGGAUCGAACCGUGAUCCAUGAGAACUUGUGCGCCUGUCUCUUGCUGGCGGAACUGAUUUUUCUGAUUGGGAUCGGCCGAACGGAGCAUCGAAUAGCAUGUGGAAUCGUCGCCGGACUUCUCCAUUUCUUCUUCUUGACCGCCUUCGCCUGGAUGUUUUUCGAAGGGUUUCAGCUGUACGUGAUGCUGAUAGAGGUGUUCGAGUCGGAAAGGAGCCGCGUUCGUUGGUAUUAUUUCCUGGGGUAUGGGAUCCCCCUCGUCAUUGUAGUCAUUUCAGCUGCCAUCGAUCCCGCCAGUUACGGGACCCCCCAGCAUUGCUGGCUUCGGACCGACAAUCAUUUUAUCUUCAGUUUCCUGGGACCCGUCAUCGUCGUUCUCCUGGCCAAUUUCGCGUUCUUGUUCAUGGCCGUGUAUGUGAUGUGUCGACAUGCAACCGUGACGGCCGGUUUGAAGGAACAAACCCGUCUUUCCACCGUCGGAGUGUGGGUGAGAGGAGCGUUUGCGCUCGUUGUCCUCCUGGGGCUCACGUGGACUUUCGGUUUCCUCUACGUGAAUGAGGAAAGUCUCGUCAUGGCCUACGUCUUCACCGUCUUCAAUUCGCUCCAGGGACUCUUCAUUUUCCUCUUCACCUGCCUCCAGAACGACAAGGUGAAAAAGGAAUAUCGGAAGCUGAUGAAGCGUGGGGAAUGCUUGCCGUCUUGCUGCGGGAACAAGCCGGACAAGCGGAACAGUUUCUACGUUCAGGCGAAUGCUUCCAGCAGUAGCAGUACGGGAACGAGAGGUGUCCAAUAUCAUCAUCAUAUGCCGACGGCUUCCACUACAACUACUUCCUCGAUCGCUCAGCAUGGCAAUGGCAACUGCUACCUGGCUUAUGGCGGUACUGCACCUGAGCACCUGUCGGCUAUGCUCACCUUGAAAAGGUGCACUUCCAGCCAGCCUGGUGCAAUCACUCGAAAUUUGCACCAGAACGGGAGCUUCUCGCACCUCUUCCCUUUGCCCACGCCUGUGAAAACGCACCCUAUCCUCCAGGAUCUGUCGGUGAAAGCCCUGGAUCCCAGAUGCAGGGACUGCAAUGUAGUGGGCGGGACAGUGGGCUCGGUCCGCAGUUAUCGUCGCCAGCGACCAUGUGUAGCCGGAGAUGGAAGCUUGAACUUGAACCAGUACAGUCACAACCCGGUGGGCUACACGCUCCAACACGGCCAUCCUCACGGGCUCCUCCGACCCCAUAGCCCGUGGAAUCACACCUAUUCCGAGAUCCACGUCGUUCAGCGGGACCCGGAAUACGCGGAGAUCGAGCACCGUCGUUGCGAGUCCUAUCCGACGGAUGAGGAACUCAUGCGGCGGCAGAACAGCGACGUGAGCCGUUACAGUACCCGUAGCUAUAGCUACAGUGAUUCUCGUCCCUUGAUCCCCGGGAAUAACAUCUUGGAUACCAUCUCCUGCGCUGUCCAUUCCCCUCAGCUCAAUAGUCGCUCCUCUGCAGGGAAUGUGAAUAACAACGCCAAGAAAGGAACUCGGUUCCCUUCCUUGUCGAAGAUGGCGGAACUUCCAACCGUGUCCGAACACAAUCUUGGGACUCCCUACCGAGUAUGAGUGUGAUGCCAUCGCGUUCGUUCUACUUCCAUCUGUCUGCAGAGACUGUGAUAAACCGUUUCACUGCAUCUCCCUUCUUGUCUUUCCUUUUUGUUCAUAUUCAUAUAACUUCAGUUCUCUAUCUUCUUUUGUUGCCUUGGUGCUUAUCUUUUUCCCUCUUUGUUGUUGGCUUGGUUACCGACAUUUUCUUGUUCUUAUUCAGCGACAUACAGUCAAAGAUGAUUAGUUAUAAUUAUGAGUCUUUCGCUUCGAGCGAAGAGCAUUGCCUCUCAUGAAACUUUUCCAUUUCUAGUCAGUUUUUGUAUUUGGUAAUGGCAAGAAAUUAAUAAAGC